AUGMCCUUGAGAACAGCAGGAAGUGUGUUGGMGGUCUUUCUCUGGUCUGUAGCAGUGGUACUGGGUCAGGAUGGCUGGAGUGUGACGUACACCACUCAGAGUAUCUGUGCCUUGAAGGGGUCAACAGUGGAUCUGUUCUGCUCUUACACAUAUCCCAGUGGUCAUACAGUCACAACAACCUUCUGGUUCACUAAAAUUGUAAAUCUGAGAGACGACCCAGACUACAAAGGUCGUGUGACGUACCGUAGCGAUAGGAUGAAUGGCCACACCCUGAAAAUCACAGACCUGAGAGAGAAGGACUCAGCUGCGUACAAGUUCAAAGUUAUAACAGAUCAGACUGGAGGGAAGUAUACUGGUGAUCCUGGAGUCAACAUGUCUGUUACAGACCUGCAGGUGAAGGUGACCACUACAUGGUGGUCAACGACACUGACCUGUAGCACCACCUGUACUCUGACUGACAACCCCACCUACAUCUGGUACAGGAACAGCAAGAAUGUACAAGAGGACUCCUCCCCCUUGUACUCAUUUUACUUAAAAACUGAAGACAGCUUCUACUGUGCUGUAAAAGGCAUCAAUUCUCCUGCAGUGUAUGGCCCAAAGAACACCUCAMUGUCAGUCAGUCCCUCUGGUGAAAUUAGUGGAGGGCAGUUCUGUGACUCUGACRUGCAGCAGUGAUGCCAACCCACCUGUGGACAAAUACACCUGGUACAAGAAGAAUGUAACCUCAGCAAAAGCAUCAGGACAGAGUUACAGCAUCACUAACAUCAGCUCUGAGGACAGAGGAGAAUAUUA